CUGAAGCGUGCGUUUCUGUGUUUCUUUAUUCAAAACUUGAGCCAAUUGCAAAACUUGUCGAGACAAAAUGAUGAUGAACGCAUUUAUAGAGCCCGCGCAGCAUCAUUUGGCCAGCUAUGGGCUGCGCAUGUCGCCGAACACAACUGCCAGCACACAGCAGCAACAGCAGCAACAGCAGCAGCAGCAACAGCAACAACAGCAGCAGCAACAGCAGCAACAGCAGCAGCAACAGCAACAGCAACAACAACAACAACUUGAAGGCGAUUCUACAUCGCUUGCCGCAGCGGCGGCUUAUCAGAAUUCCGGCUAUGGACAUUUCAAUAGCUAUGCCUCUCGAGACUUUCUGCUGGGUCGACGCGGCGAUGCUACGGACUAUGCCGGGGCUGCUGCGGCUGCAGCUGCCACAGCGCCGACUGCGGCUGGAGCGGAUUCGAUGCUUUUUCCCAGCUUUCCGGCCCAAGCGGCCGCCGCUGAGCUGAGCAGCAGCUUUGGCCAGCAUCCAUUUCACAGCGCUGCCCAUCAUCAUCACCAGCAUCAGAUGCGCAUGGCGGACUAUGCAACACAUCCGUACGCCCAGCAUCAUCAUCAUGGCAAUUUUCCGUCGGCAGUGCAUGCGGCACAUCAUCAUGCCGCGGCCGCCCAUGCCCACGCCCAUCAUCCGCAUCAUGCGAUGUCGGCGAUGCAUCCGGCUGGGGCUGGUGCCUUUCUGCGCUACAUGCGACAUCAGCCGACAUCGGCGGCAUCCAGCGUUAAACAGGAGAUGCAGUGCCUGUGGAUAGAUCCCGAUCAGCCGGGCAUGGUGCAGCAGUCGCAGGGUGCGCAGGGUCGCAAAACCUGCAACAAGAUCUUUCACUCCAUGCACGAGAUCGUGACGCAUCUGACCGUGGAGCACGUGGGCGGGCCGGAGUGCACCACGCACGCCUGCUUCUGGAUUGGCUGCUCGCGCAACGGCCGACCCUUCAAGGCCAAAUACAAGCUGGUCAAUCACAUACGCGUCCACACCGGCGAGAAGCCCUUCGCCUGCCCCCAUCCCGGCUGCGGCAAGGUGUUCGCGCGCAGCGAGAACCUCAAGAUACACAAGCGCACCCACACGGGCGAGAAGCCGUUCAAGUGCGAGCACGAGGGCUGCGAUCGCCGUUUUGCCAACUCCUCGGACCGCAAGAAGCACUCGCAUGUGCACACCUCGGACAAGCCCUACAACUGUCGCAUCAAUGGCUGUGAUAAGUCCUAUACGCAUCCCUCCUCGCUGCGCAAGCACAUGAAGGUGCAUGGCAACAUUGACGAGAAGUCGCCGUCGCAUGGCUAUGAUAGCGAAGGCGAGGAGAGCUCCAGCUCGAGCAUUGUGACGGGCGGGGCGCAGACGCCACCCUCGACGCGUCUGGACGGCAGUGCGGGCAGCAGCAGCGGCGUCAGCAGCUUGAGCGGCGGCAGUGGCAUUAAGUCCUCACCGCACUCUAUCAAAUCGGAGCCAAAUCCCUUGCACAGUGUGCAUCUGGGCGCCUCCAGCACCGGCAGCAGCAGCACAGCCAGCAGCAGUGCCUCUCACCUGUUGCAGCAGCAACAGCAGCAGCAGCAACAACAACAGCAGCAACAGCAACAACAACAGCAACAUCAGCAACAACUACUGCAUGCCGAGCCCAAAUCCUCGCCUGCGCUGCAGCUGAUGGCCUCCUCCGCGUAUCUGCCUCCACCAUUGGGACCACCGCCCUCGCAUCAUCAUCAUCACCAUCAUCAUCAGGUGCCGGGCACCGCAGCGGCAGCUGGCUCACCGGGCGCUGCCGCAUCGGCAUCGAUGCUGGCGGUAACUGGACAUCACAAUCACCAUUUGCUAUAUCAUCCGGCGGCGCAGCAUCAUCCGCCUAGCGAUUGGUAUCAUACGGCAGCGCCGGCGGCCAGUGCGGACGCGAUGAAUCCAUUGAACCACUUCGGCCAUCAUCAUCAUCAUCAUCAUCUGAUGCAUCCAGGCGCUGCGACAGCGUAUUGAGAUUGGGAGAACUGGUGGCCCGAAACCGAACCGCCGCCCCCACAAGCGGCAGCCGGCGCGCCGCCAGAGGAGCCAACGCAAGCCCUCGACUGGAUAUGCUGUCAGCGCCUGCAGAAUUUGGCGCUUGUCGCGCAAUGUG